AUGCGAAAACCUCUUAUGAGAAUACCCUAUACGGGUCCACUGCCCCCUCCAUCAAUCCUACCACGAAGCGCAAACUCAUUACCGGGGGCGAUUCACGCUCUGUCGAAAUUCCUCACUGCCCCGCCUUCACAUAACCUUCCGGAUGGAGUCAAAGACCCACAAUCAACAGUAAUUUUGUCAGGAGCCGGCAUCUCUGUGGCUUCGGGAUUGGCAGAUUAUCGAGGUUCGAAAGGCACAUACGUGUUGAAUAAAUCAUAUCGACCUGUUUACUAUCAUGAAUUCAUUGCGAGCGACCAGGCACGUCGAAGGUACUGGGCGAGGAGUUUCUUAGGAUGGACGAAUUUACACAAAGCCAAGCCGAACCCCGCCCACUAUGCUAUUAAAGACCUUGCCGAUAUGAACAUUGUAAAGCGGGUGGUCACACAAAACGUUGAUUCAUUUCACUCGGAGGCACAUCCAAAUUUGGCAACUGUUGAACUUCAUGGAUAUCUUCGAGCUUUGACAUGCGUCACCUGCCGAAAAGACUUACCUAGAGAUGUUUUCCAAGAAUCUUUAUCAAGAUUGAAUCCAGCAUGGGCUGCAUUUUUGGCUGAAAUACUUGAAUCUGGAGCUUUAACUACGGAGGACCCAGAAGACCGACGAGCAAAAGGCAUGAAGGCAAAUCCUGACGGAGAUGUUGACGUACCCGGAGCACCAUAUGACACCUUCAGAUAUCCGCCGUGCCCUCAUUGUCUUGAAAAUCCUCCAAUCUUAAAAGAUGGAUCGCAAUCGAUUGUGGAAGUUGACGAAGAGGGAGCUUGGAAAGCAACGAGUACAGCGGGUAUAUUGAAACCCGCUGUGGUCAUGUUUGGGGAGAGUAUUAAUGCGCAAGUAAAGGAAGCCGCUGAACAAGCAAUUGAUGAUUCCGGUAGGCUGUUAGUGCUGGGAACUUCGCUUGCCACAUACUCUGCCUGGAGAUUAGCACGACGUGCUCAAGAGAGGAAUAUGCCUAUCGCAAUUUUGAAUCUGGGCGGGGUCAGAGGUGAGGAGGCAUUCUUUAAGAAUCUCUCUAGUGGCCAAACUGGGGAAUUCGGUGUACGGGCCGAACUAGGAACUGAUGUAGUUCUACCUGCACUUGUUGAUCAAUUAAAUCGGAUCGGCUUCACGUCUAGAAAAGACGACGUUCAAACUCCUUACGAAGCACGACAGAAAAAUAGCGGUAUGUUCAAGGACAUGCUAUCGUAG